AUGGGUGCUGAGGCCUUGGGGAGUGGGCCGGCGCUGCGGGAGCUCGUGCGCGAGGCCGAGACCAGCCUGCUUGAGUGCAAGGUGUGCUUUGAGAGGUUCGGCCACACCCAGCAGCGGCGCCCGCGCAACCUGCCCUGCGGCCACGUGGUCUGCCAGAACUGUGUGGCCGCGCUGGCGCACCCGCGGACGCUGGCCCUCGAGUGCCCCUUCUGCCGGCGAGUCGGCCGGGGCUGCGACACCAGCGACUGCUUGCCCGUGCUGCACCUCCUGGAGCUGCUGCGCCCCGCGCUUCGCCGGGCUCCGGCUGCCCUCAGCACCGGGCCCUGCGCCCCCGGAACUCUCACCUGCCACCACACCUUCGGCGGCUGGGGGACCCUGGUUAACCCCACCGGGCUGGCGCUGUGUCCCCAGACGGGGCGGGUCGUGGUGGUGCAUGACGGCAAGAAGCGGGUCAAGGUCUUCAACUCCGAGGGAGAAUGUGUCCAUCAGUUUGGAGAGAAAGGGGAGGCGGCCCAAGACAUUAGGUACCCACUCGAUGUCACUGUGACCAACGACUGCCAUGUGGUUGUCAGCGACGCCGGUGACCGAUCCGUCAAAGUGUUUGAUUUUUUGGGCCAUAUCAAGCUCGUCAUUGGGGGCCAGUUCUCCUUACCUUGGGGAGUGGAUACCACGCCCCACAAUGAGGUCUUGGUGACUGAUGCGGAGGCAGGGUCCCUGCACCUCCUGGAAGUUGAUUUUCCCGAAGGGAUCCUUCGGAGAGCUGACAGGAUGUACUCGCAUCUGUGCAGCCCCCGAGGGGUGGCAGUGUCUUGGCUCACCGGGACCAUUGCGGUCCUAGAGCACCCCCUGACUCCCAUGGGGACCCGAGCGUGCAGCACCAGGGUGAAGGUGUUUAGUGCCACCAUGCAGUUCAUCAGCCAGGUAGAUUCUUUUGGACUGAGCCUCUUCUUCCCUUCUAAGAUAACCGCCUCCGCUGUGACCUUUGAUCAUCAGGGGAAUGUGGUUGUUACGGAUACCUCUAGUCAAGCUGUCCUGUGCUUAGGAAAACCUGAGGAAUUUCCAGGACUGAAGCCCCUGGUCACUCAAGGUCUUUCUUAUCCUGUGGCUCUGAAUUAUACCAAGGAGAAUUCUCUGCUUGUGCUGGACACUGCUGCCCAGUCUGUCAAAGUCUUUAAGGCUGACUGUGGGUGA